UGUUUUGUGUUUUUAUAUUACCAAAAUCCAACAAAAGCAUUCGGGUCUCCUUACAGUUUACAAAAAAACUAAGAAAUGAACGAUUUGACAAAUCCUAAACAAUAUGAGAACCCUUUGCUCAAUAAUGUCAUUACCAACAAUUCCAAUAUCAGCGAUGAACAUCUAAGUCCAGGCAAACGAAAUCUAAGAAACUGGCUGGGAAAACCUUUUAGAAUCGUAAUUACGGAUGGCCGAGUUUUAGUAGGUUUCUUCAACUGUACCGACAAAGAUUCUAAUAUUGUAUUGUCCAUGUGUGCCGAAUACUUGGAGGAAGGUCAGGAUGCCCGUAUUUUAGGAAAUGUAAUGAUUCCCGGUAAACAUAUAGUCUCUGUAUCUGUAGAUAUGCCUGCCCAAGCCGUUUUAUUAGGGUUGCCGCAACGGCACAGAUAAGGGAACUUGAUAUGCCAAUUCAUUUUUGAAUUCGCCUUACAAAAAUAUAAACUUUAAAAAUAUAUUUAAUACCUAAA